AUGUUCAAGAUCGCUGCUAUAUUCUUCGCUGUUGUGGCCGUGGCUGCUGCCAAGCCCGGACUUGUGGCUCCUCUGGCUUACACCGCUCCGGCUGUGGUGGGCAGUGCCGCCUACGUGGCUCCCUACGCCUCCAGCUACACCGCCCACUCGGUGGCCCACAGCGCCGCCUUCCCAGCCGCCUACACCGCUCCAAUUGCCGCCGCCUACACCGCUCCAGUUGCUGCCGCCUAUACCGCUCCCAUCGCUGCUCCUCUGGCCGCCGCUUACACCGCUCCCUACACCCGAUUUGCCACGCCCUACGCCGCCGCCUACACCUCGCCCCUGGCCUACAGCUCGCCCUAUGUGGCCCGCCCAUACGUCGCCGCUGCCGCCGCCCCUCUGCUGCUGAAGAAGUAA